GCGGCCGGUUGCGAGCGCCCCGGGGUCUUGUGCAGCUCUGCAGGCUCCGUUCUUGGGAUCUGGAUCCUGCUGCGGCCGCCGUUGGUUCCGGGGGCCAGGCUGAGCUGUGCACGGCGGGCUUGGCCGGUCGAAGGAGCGCCCGGGCUGUUGAGCUCCCCCGCCUUUUCCCACCGGCCGAUUACCUGGACUAGCAAAGGAAGACGGAACAGACCAGAGCGGGGCAGGUUGUGCCUUCGGUUGCGAAGAGGGGACAGGGACGGCUUGUGCCGCUCCUCCUGAGUGUGCUUCGCCUAGGCUGUGGGCGCAAAGCGGAGACCCGUCCGGGAGUUUGAAAGAGAUGUCUUCCGCAGCAUCCCCUUUCCCCCGGCGGUGCUGAGCUUGCUGUGGGGCUCCCGCGCCGGUUCCGGAUCGGAUUCGAGUUAUUUUUCUUUUUUAAUUCGGUUCUCCCCAUUUCUGUCCGAAGAGGCAACGAUCAUGCUGGGCGCAGAGAGCGAGAGUCCGGGGCGCCUCUGGUGGCUUUGGGGUCUAUGGAGCGUCGCGCUUUGGCUGCCCAGUGCGGAAGCGUGUCCCAGCAAAUGUACCUGCGCUGGAUCCAAUGUGGAUUGCCACGGAUUGGGACUUAAAACGGUGCCCCGAGGCAUUCCCAGGAAUGCGGAGAGACUUGACUUAGACAGAAACAAUAUUACAAGGAUUACAAAGGUGGACUUUGCUGGGCUUAAGAAUCUUCGUGUUCUGCAUUUGGAAGAGAAUCUAAUUAGCGUGAUAGAACGUGGAGCAUUUCAAGAUCUAAAGCAACUAGAAAGACUACGGCUGAACAGAAAUAAACUGCAAGUUCUUCCAGAACUGCUUUUUCAGAACACACUGAGGCUAACCAGACUGGACUUAAGUGAAAACCAGAUUCAAGGCAUCCCCAGGAAGGCUUUUCGAGGAAUUACCGAUGUAAAGAAUUUGCAACUGGACAACAAUCAGAUCAGCUGCAUUGAAGAUGGAGCUUUCCGAGCCCUGCGUGACUUGGAGAUUCUUACCCUCAAUAACAACAACAUCUCACGCAUCCCUCUCACCAGCUUCAACCAUAUGCCAAAGAUCAGGACCCUGCGGCUUCAUUCCAAUUAUUUAUACUGUGAUUGUCACCUGGCGUGGCUUUCAGAUUGGUUGCGUCAGAGGCGAUCGGUUGGGCAAUUCACUUUCUGCAUGGCACCGGUUCACCUGAGAGGGUUCAAUGUCGCUGAUGUUCAGAAAAAAGAAUAUGUCUGUGCAGGUUCACAUGGUGAACCACCAUCCUGCAAUGCCAAUUCCAUCAGUUGCCCAUCUGCUUGCACUUGUAGUAAUAAUAUUGUGGACUGUCGGGGAAAGGGCUUAACUGAACUUCCAGCCAACCUACCAGAUAAUAUUGUGGAAAUCCGUUUAGAGCAGAACUCCAUCAAAGCCAUUCCUCCUGGAGCCUUCUCUCAAUAUAAGAAACUUAAAAGAAUUGAUAUCAGCAAGAAUCAGAUAUCAGAUAUUGCACCAGAUGCUUUUCAUGGAUUGAAAUCACUCACCUCUCUAGUGCUCUAUGGAAAUAAGAUCACAGAGAUUCCCAAGGGCCUUUUUGAUGGGCUUGUAUCUCUGCAGUUACUGCUUCUCAAUGCAAAUAAGAUCAACUGCCUGAGAGUAAACACAUUUCAAGAUCUGCAUAAUCUUAAUUUGUUAUCUCUCUACGAUAAUAAACUGCAGACUAUCAGCAAAGGACUUUUUGUUCCUCUCCAGUCAAUUCAAACUUUGCAUUUAGCUCAAAAUCCAUUUGUGUGCGACUGCCAUUUGAAGUGGCUGGCUGAUUACCUGCAGGAUAAUCCAAUAGAAACCAGCGGAGCUCGAUGCAGCAGUCCACGUCGUCUUGCCAACAAACGAAUCAGCCAGAUCAAGAGCAAGAAGUUCCGUUGCUCAGGUUCAGAGGACUACAGGAGUAGAUUCAGUGGGGAGUGUUUUAUGGAUCUCAUCUGUCCUGAGAAAUGCCGCUGUGAGGGAACAUUUGUGGACUGUUCCAACCAAAAGCUUACUCGGCUCCCAAGCCACCUCCCAGAAUAUACCACAGAUCUUCGUCUACACGAUAAUGAUAUUUCAAUUCUGGAAGCUACUGGAAUAUUCAAGAAGCUCCCUAGUCUACGAAAAAUAAAUUUAAGUAAUAACAAGAUCAAAGAGAUCCGUGAAGGCACUUUUGAUGGGGCAGCGGGAGUGCAGGAACUGAUGUUGACAGGGAAUCAGCUGGAAUCUGUGCACGGACGAAUGUUUAGAGGUCUCACAGGGCUCAAGACGCUGAUGCUCAGAAGCAACAUGAUCAGUUGUGUAAACAAUGACACAUUUACGGGACUGAGCUCAGUAAGGUUACUCUCUCUGUAUGACAAUCGCAUUACUACAAUAACCCCAGGAGCCUUCAAUACACUUGUUUCUUUAUCUACAAUUAAUUUGCUAUCUAAUCCAUUUAACUGUAAUUGCCACUUGGCAUGGUUGGGGAAAUGGUUAAGGAAGAGAAGGAUUGUCAGUGGAAAUCCACGUUGCCAGAAACCCUUCUUCUUAAAGGAGAUUCCAAUUCAAGAUGUCGCUACCCAGGAUUUCACAUGUGAUGGCAACACUGAAAACAGCUGUCAUUUCUCUCCCCGUUGUCCAGACCAAUGCACCUGUGUGGACUCUGUAGUUCGCUGCAGUAAUAAAGGGUUGCGGUUCCUCCCAAAAGGUGUCCCCAAAGAUGUGACUGAACUAUACCUGGAAGGAAACCAUUUAUCUGCUGUGCCAAAGGAACUUUCUGUGUUCCGACACUUAACAUUAAUUGACUUGAGCAACAACAGCAUCAGCAUGUUGGCCAAUUACACCUUCAGUAAUAUGACACAGCUAUCAACACUGAUCCUAAGCUACAAUAGGCUACGGUGUAUUCCAGUUCAUGCAUUUAAUGGCCUUAAAUCUCUCCGAGUGUUGACUCUUCAUGGCAAUGAUAUAUCCAAUGUCCCUGAAGGGUCUUUUAAUGAUCUUGUAUCACUUUCCCAUCUGGCACUUGGUACAAAUCCUUUACACUGUGACUGCAACCUGCGCUGGCUUUCUGAGUGGGUAAAAGCAGGCUAUAAAGAGCCAGGCAUUGCACGGUGUAGUACUCCAGAUGACAUGACAGAUAGGCUUCUGCUAACAACACCAACUCAGCACUUCCAAUGCAAAGGAGUUGUCGACCUAAGUAUUGUGUCCAAAUGUAACCCUUGCCUAUCCAGUCCCUGUAAAAAUAAUGGGACUUGCAACAAUGAUCCAGUGGAUUUUUACCGAUGUACUUGCCCAUUUGGCUACAAGGGUCGAGAUUGCAGCACACCUAUUAAUGCUUGUAUUCAGAAUCCAUGCCAGAAUGGGGGAACUUGCCAUCUCACUGACACAAAUCAAGAUGGAUUCAGUUGUUCCUGCUCUAUUGGAUUUGAAGGGAAGAAAUGUGAACUGAAUCCAGAUGACUGUGAAGAUAACGAUUGUGAGAACAACUCAACUUGUAUGGAUGGGAUAAACAAUUAUGCCUGCCUUUGCCUUCCCAACUAUACAGGAGAACUCUGUGAUGAAGUAAUCAAUCAUUGUGUGCCUGAACUAAACCCUUGCAAACAUGAAUCCAAAUGUAUUUCUCUUGAGAGAGGAUACAGGUGUGAAUGCUUACCAGGCUACAGUGGAAAGCUCUGUGAAACAGAUGAUGAUGACUGUGUGGGACACAAAUGUCGCCAUGGUGCAAUGUGUGUAGAUGCCGUAAAUGGAUACACCUGCAUUUGUCCUCAAGGAUUUAGUGGACUCUUCUGUGAAAAUCCACCACCCAUGGUUCUCCUCCAGACCAGUCCUUGUGAUUAUUAUGAAUGCCAAAAUGGAGCACAGUGUAUUGUCGUGCAGCAGGAACCAGUCUGUCGUUGCCUGGCAGGUUUUGCUGGCCAGAAGUGUGAGAAACUCAUUACUGUCAAUUUUGUUGGGAAGGAUUCCUACGUUGAGCUUCCACCAGCCAAAAUCCGCCCUCAAACGAACAUCUCACUUCAAGUAGCAACUGAUAAAGACAAUGGCAUCUUAUUAUACAAAGGGGACAAUGAUCCCCUGGCUUUAGAACUUUAUCAAGGUCAUGUGAGACUUAUCUAUGACACACUGAAUGCUCCACCCACAACUAUAUACAGUGUGGAGACAGUGAAUGAUGGACAGUUUCACAGUGUGGAACUGGUAAUGUUGAACCAGACCUUGAACUUAGUAGUAGAUAAAGGCACUCCCAAAAGCCUUGGCAAACUGCAGAAACAGCCCGUGGUUGGUCAAGACACUCCACUUUACAUUGGAGGAAUUCCCACAUCUACAGGGCUGUCUUCAUUGCGGCAGGGUACAGAGAGGACACCAAGUGGCUUUCAUGGGUGCAUUCAUGAUGUCCGAAUUAAUAACGAGCUCCAGGAUUUCAAGGAACUACCACAUCAGUCAGUAGGAGUCCUUCCUGGUUGCAAAUCCUGCAACAUCUGUAAGCAUGGAAUUUGCCGUUCUCUUGAAAAGACAAGUGUGGUCUGUGAGUGCCAUCCAGGCUGGACAGGUUCACUAUGUGAUCAAGAAGUUAAAGAUCCCUGCCUUGAUAACAAAUGCCUUCAUGGAAAAUGCAUUGCCACAAACUCUGCUUACACAUGUAAGUGUGUAGAAGGUUACACAGGUAUGCACUGUGAUAGAAAGAAUGAUUCCUCCAACUCCUGCAGACUUCUAAGAUGUAACCAUGGGCAGUGUAAGAUCUCUGCACAAGGGGAACCCUACUGCGAAUGUGAUCCAAGCUACAGUGGAGAGCGUUGUGAUAGAGAAAAUGUGUGUCAAGGAGAGAUUAUUCGUGAAUUCAUUCGGAAGCAACAAGGCCCCACCUCUUGCGUCUCCAUGGUGAAGGUACCUCGCGUGGAAUGUCAUGGCACUUGUGGAAACAAUCAGUGCUGUGUCGUCCUCCGCAGCAAAAGGCGGAAAUACGGCUUCCAGUGUGUGGAUGGCUCCUCCUUUACAGAAGAGCUCGAGAGACACGUGGAGUGUGGCUGUGCAAAGUGUUUAUAAGCAUAUGAUCGGCCUCUUUGCCCUUUGCAUCAAAUCCGCUUUCAAAAACAGGACCUAUUUACUUUUAAGUGAAGAAGAGAAUAUUAAGUAUAUUGUAAAAUAAGCAAAAAAAAGUUAUUUUUAUUAUGAAAAGUGACUAUUUUCAUCUUUUAUUAUAUAAAAUCUGACCAUUCUGGGUAUAUGUAUCAUAUAUGAGUUAUUUUUACUAUGGAUUUUUUUUUACAGUUGGUAAAAAAAAAUGGAAAAAAUAUUCCAAAUCUAAACACAGGGAUUAAAAAAAGAAUAUAGUUGAUAAGCUUUGCACAGUGGCCAGAUGUGAAAGGAAUUCAAACUGUUUGCCACAGAAUUGAUGAAACAGGUGUUGAAAUGGUCUGGAGAGAUACCUAACACGAGCUAUAGCAUUUUAUCAUCAUUUUUGUCCACGAAUGCUCAGUUAAUAUCCCUCUCUUUUGAAAAUGAAAGUGCUAGUUAUAUUUGUUACUGUUGUGAUUUCUUGACACCAUUGCCAGGCACGUGCACACGCACGCCCACACACACACACACACACACUGUGACAGCAGUGCCGUAGCUUGGACCUUAUGCACAGAUGUUGUUAUGCACACAUUAAUGCAAUGGUAAUAGUAAUGUAUUUUGUCUUCUGUAUAUGAUUGAUUCUCACAAUUAUAUUUAUCAUAUGUUGGGGAUCUAGCACAGUCACUCAUACAUGGUAAAUUGGGGAAAUGUAUUCUUUAUUAUUUUUUUAGAGUAACAAACUGAAAGAAAGUUUUAUGCAACUCAUAAUGAAUAACUUAUGAGGGACUUAUUUACUUGGCGCAUACAGUACUUUCUUGUCCUUCCAGCCUGUGAACUAGCCCUCUCUUGCUGACCCCUUAUAUCUGCACAUGCAGAGCAUCUUGCAUGCAUCCUCCAGCAAAGAAAGGAUGAGAAGGUAAUUUCCUGUGGUGGUGAGCUUCUCAUUUGCCAUUCCAAAUGAUAUUGGUUUUUGGCUUCUAGUUACAAAGCAGAAUGGCAAAAAAUGCACUGAAACACUGCCUUACCCAAUCAUGACAAUCCAUUUGAAAAGUAUGUACACAGAUAUAUUUUACUUAAUCCAAGAGUUAUUAUUACCUAAAUAUUGCAAAUUCUAAGAGGUAUUUUUCCUCUCCAGAUAUAAGUUGAGGCCACAUAUGGCAAUUACCUGAAACAGCUUCUGACUGCCAGCAUGUAGAAGUCUUCCCAACGACCCUGCCUCCACCUGUUGCUGGACUGCUAGCUAUGACAUGAGGAAUUAUUAAGUGAUAGCAAUAUAAUGCAUGUUACACUUUCCACAUGAGACAGCCAUGAUACAAAAACUGUUUCAUUUAAUCUCAACGUUCUAUCACUGAGUCUUAAAAAGAGAGCUUUGGAAAGGGGAAUGUUAACAGGAGACAUCUAAGAAAGUUGUACUUCUUCAGCACCGUAAAUGCCUCUCGCAUUUUGCACAACUGCAUCUGGCUUCUUUUCUCAGAUCUCUUUUCUUUUGCUUAGUAUUGUAGUAGUAACAGGAGAGCCUACCUUUACAAGGAGCCAUGGAUAAGGGUGAGACAAUUUUCAGAAGGACUGGAGAAAGGGAGAACGGGGAGAGAGCUCCCCAUAUUUCAAUGAGAUCCUGAAAUCCUAGCAGAAUUCUUCGCUUUGGGACCAGUAAGCCAUAGCCACAUUCGUCAAGAGCAAUGGUUUAGUACGUUUGCCUUUGAAACA